AUGACCCAACGCCCCAAGCGCAACCGCCGUCUUUCCCAUCCCCAUCGGACGCUGCCAGACUUGAAGAAAUCCGACGAAGAGAGCAGGAUUUGGAACGCCGAGAGGCAGAGCUUAACAACAGAGCAGAGCACAUUCGCCGCCAUGGCAGGAACAACUUUCCGCCCUGCACUCUUCCCCUUGAUUUUCCAUUCCAUCCCGGAUGAGAUUCCUGAAGUUUCCCGACCCUUGAUCACAAGGCUGUUCCAGCUUUGGAUGGUCUUCAUUGGUACCCUCGCACUAAACAUGGCGGCAUGUAUCGUCCUCUUGGUCGGCGGUGGCUCUAACGCUGGAGCUGGCCUGGGAGCCAGCAUCGGUUAUCUCCUGUUCAUGCCCAUUGCAUCAUUCUUGCUUUGGUAUCGGCCCAUCUAUAAUGGCUAUAUGAAAAACCAAUCGUUGUACUUCUAUAUCUACUUUUUCUUUGGAGGGUUCCAUUUACUCUACAGCAUCUACAUGAUUAUCGGUAUCCCUGGUACCGGCUCGGCUGGACUCAUCUCGAUGAUUGAGAGCUGGGGCAAGCCUGCGAUUGUCUCUGGAGUGUUCUGCACACUCGCCACCGUGGGCUGGAUCCUCCAGGGAGCUGGUCUUACCUUCUACUAUCUCCAGAUCUGGCGAGAACACAAUGCGGCUGGACACAGUCUCGACAAGGCGAAGCAGGAGCUUGCCGUGCACGGCGCCAAGUCAUACUUCUCCCGGGGAUGA